AUGCCAAUUGAGAGAUUCUCUGAGACACAGGAAGGAAAUUAUUCCUUCCAAAAUGGAGAAUCUUGUCAAAAACUAACAUCAGUGAUAGAGGAUUGUUAUGGGACUAUGAUGGCAAAGGAUUUACUCUCAUAUUCACCCGGAGAACUCUGUACAGAAGGGCAAGAAGGGAUUAUAUUAACACCAGAGGGAGAUGAUUCUUCAGCAAGUUUAGGAAUAAAAACAGAAAUGCUUCUCUCCAGCGAAACAUUUUCAUCAGAAGAUGAGGAUUUAGAUAUAAUUUACACUAAAUGUACUUCAUUAGGCAAUAAGAUAUCUCCAAAGAAAUCCAUCACCCAAGUUAUUAAAGACAAAAAGAAACAAACUCAGCUUACUUUGCAAUGGCUGGAGGAGAACUAUAUUGUCUGUGAAGGGGUUUGUCUGCCAAGAUGCAUAUUAUAUGCACAUUAUUUAGACUUCUGCAGGAAAGAGAAGCUGGAACCAGCUUGUGCUGCAACAUUUGGGAAGACAAUACGACAGAAAUUUCCUCUUCUGACGACAAGAAGACUUGGAACUAGAGGCCACUCAAAGUAUCAUUAUUAUGGCAUUGGAAUUAAGGAGAGCAGUGCAUAUUAUCAUUCAGUUUAUUCUGGAAAAGGCUUAACAAGGUUCUCUGGUAGCAAGCUGAAGAGUGAGGGAGGAUUCACUCGAAAGUAUUCUCUCAGCUCAAAGACUGGAACUCUGCUACCUGAAUUCCCUAAUGCUCAGCACCUUCUCUUACAAGAUAAUAUAUCCAAAGAUAAGGUAAAUACUCUCAUUAUGAUGUACAAAACUCACUGUCAAUGUGUGCUUGACAAUGCAAUCAAUGGAAACUUUGAGGAGAUCCAAAAUUUCUUAUUACACUUUUGGCAAGGAAUGCCAGAUCAUCUACUCCCUUUGCUUGACUACCCUAUAAUUGUAGAUAUAUUCUGCGUAUGUGAUUCUAUUCUGUACAAGGUUCUUACAGAUGUGCUCAUACCAGCAACAAUGCAAGAAAUGCCAGAAAGUUUACUUAAUGACAUCAGAAAUUUUGCUAAACACUGGGAACAAUGGGUCAUUUUAUCUUUGGAAAACCUUCCACAAGUUCUCUCUGAGAAGAAAUUGCCAAUUGUGAGAAGAUUUGUAUCAUCUUUGAAACGACAGACCUCGUUCUUACAUUUAGCCCAGAUAGCACGACCUGCUCUAUUUGAUCAGAAUGUUGUAAAUGCCAUGACGUCUGACAUUGAGAAAGUUGAUUUAUACAGCAUUGGAUCUCAGGCUCUUCUUUCCAGCUGCAGUGGUGCUGAUUCGGACUGUGAAGUCUACACUGAGUUGUUUCAAGAACUACGAGAUUUGUUAAAGAAAAAUGCCACGGUGGAGUCCUUUAUAGAAUGGCUUGAUAAUGUAGUAGAGCAAAAAGUUAUAAAGGCAAGCAAGCAAAAUGGAAAGUCCCUGAAGAAGCGGGCUCAAGAUUUCCUUUUGAAAUGGAGCUUCUUUGGUGCCCGUGUCAUGCACAAUCUGACACUGAACAAUGCAACAAGUUUUGGUUCAUUCCAUUUGAUUCGAAUGCUGCUUGAUGAAUAUAUUCUGCUUGCAGUGGAGACACAAUUUAAUAAUGACAAAGAACAAGAGCUCCAGAAUUUAUUGGAGAAGUAUAUGAAGAAUGCAGAUGCAAGUAAAGCAACAUUUACUGCAUCACCAAGUUCCUGCUUUCUAGCUAACCGCAGCAAAACUGUCAAUAUUGUGAACGAUUCAGCAGUUAAGAAUGAAUGUCCUCAAGAUCAGGCCUUCACAGAGCUGUCAUCUGACCACCAUACCGAUCAGAUUCGCGGCCUGCACACCUUUUCAAAUGCGAAUGAAAAUAUCCACUUAACAGAUCAUGUUGAGGUUUCCCAAAACACAGGACACCUGAUGACGCCACCUAUGUCCCCUGCCAUGUUGAACCGAGGAAGUGUUAUAAAUCAAGGCCCAAUGGUUUUAAGGCCUUGUAGUGUAGGCCCAGUGCUUCCUACACAUUCUCAAAUCUCCUCUUUUUCUGAGCCACUUUACCAUAACAUUCCACAAACAAACCAGAACUGUUUUGGAACUGGCACAAACUACCAACCCUUGUUUCGUGCUCAAACUUCCUCUGGUACUUUUCAUCAGAAAGUGGAUCCAAAUCGUUAUACACCCUUAAAUGAGCAACACAUUUCUAGAGACUAUUUUACUAGCAGUUGUGCAGUGUCUCCAUACAGUUCCCGUCCUUCUACAAAUUAUGGAUCUACAUCAAAUGCACAAGAUAUAGCCAGCAUGCAGCUCCUUAAUCCAGGGGGAUACAACUUUUUAAGUGGAUCAAUUUCUGGAACCUGUCAAGAAGGAACUUAUUCUUCAAAUAAUUCAAAUGGAUACUAUGGAAAUAAUUUAAGCUACCAAGAAUCCCACAGGCUUGGUUCAAUGAUUGAUCAACAUGUGUCUGUAAUUAGCAGUGUUAGCAGCAUUCGGUCUCUACACUCAUUCAAUGACAUUCACGAUCCACUUAAUAUUCUAGAUGACAAUGGAAGAAAGCAGAUUGGCUCUUAUUAUACAGACUCGUCAUCUCCUAUAAUUGGUCACAACUCAAUGUCUUCAAACAUGCAAAGUGUAAUAUCUGCUUCCACCUCCCAAUGUAUGUAUGGAAUCCCUGGUCAGUACACCUCUCAUGACACAAUAGAUUCCCAUGGACAGCCCAAUGACAUUAGGGAGUUGGUGUCUUCUUUGCCUCCAAUCAACACAGUCUUUAUGGACUCUGCCACAGGAAACACAUGA